UGCUGGCACACUGAAAUAAUGGAAAACUUAAAUAGAAGUAUUGGUUCUCAUGUUUCUUCAUAUGCUGAGGAAGAGGUCAAUAGAAUAUUGGGAGGCCUUAAAGGGGAUGCCACCUUUCUAGCUACACCUACUACCAUUGAUGUUAAGAGAAGCUUUGAGUAUGAGUCUAAACGGUUAAUCAACAUGGAAUUGCACCUUACUACUUUGGGGGAAUACUAUAGAAGUAAACGUAUCCCUAGAGGAAUGAGAUCAAGGUUACGGCCCUCGGUAUAUACAGAGAGUGUGGACUUUAAAAGGAGGUUUGAAGAGAUUUCGGAUAGAUAUGCUCUUGAUAUCAUCCUUUUGAAUCUGGAUCAUUUACAAAGUGAAUUGACUGCUGUACAAGCAAGAGUUUUGGAUUUAGAACAGAGUCUGUCUAAGAUGUUGUCUGGAGAUGAAUUUUCUGCAUAUAUGGAUAGCAACAGGGAACGCUUGGAUAAAUUCAGAAACGAAGUUAUGGAUACAAAGAAAAGAAAAUGGUAUAGAGAUCAGAUGGACUAUACUAAAGGGAGAGUGUACACAUGGAACCAACAAUGGCUUAAUAAUGUGGAUAAUCAAUUUUCUUCUCCCCGACGGGGCAAAUCUAACAAAUCACUUCCAAGGAAUGUAACUAACAAUUCUGCUCCUUCCAAAGAUUUUUUAGUAGCAGGACCAUCAGUGAACAAUUCUACAAGAAACCCACCAGAAGAGGUGGUCGAAAAAGACAUCGGUCAAGGAAAAACCCGAAGACAGAAGCAAGGGAAACUGACACCUGCCCUAUUUCAGGACAACAAGAGAAAGACUUAAAAGACACAGAGACUGUGAAUUGGAUAUUUGAAGGAGGAGACUUCACCUGCUCCAACAUUGCAAAAAUGAACAGUUUUGGAAUGUACUAUCUAUAUGUUUGAAGAAUUUCCAUCUAUGCUCUGUUGAACUGAAUAAAUGCUGUAUGAGU